AUGAUGAUGAUGAUGAGGAUAGUACAUAUCGUUUCGCUUCUGUUCCUCAUUGAGGACGUAAUUUGUCUUCCAUGUUUAACCAAUGAGGCAAAGGAGGAUUUCGACAAAUCCAGAAAAGACCUUACACUGGUACAAAGCGAUAUCGGGAAAGUUGUCAGUACACUGGAGAGUAACCACCAACAGACCAUUACCCGUUUAGAGACAGCACUCAAAAAAACUGUAUCGGUUAUGGAAAAUAAUGUCAGAAAAACAACUGAUGUUCUAAAGAACAAUCUCGGGACAUUUAAAACUACACUGAACAGCAUGGGUCAGAAGAUCAAGAAAUUAGACACAGAUUUCAUAGUGUUGGGAAAAGACUUUCGAAAGACAAAGUGGAUCAAAUAUGACGGACAUUGUUACUACUAUAGUCCUGAAACUGCAGAUUGGUUUACAGCAGAGAGAAAAUGUAGAAACAUUGGAGGAUACCUUGCUAAAAUUGACAACGACGAAGAAAAGAACAACAUGUAUUCAAAUGCAAAUAAAAGCUAUUACUACUGGAUUGGUUUGACAGACCUUAAAGAAGGAGAUUUUCGCUGGACAUAUGACCAAAGUAAAGCUGAUAUUAAAGAAUGGUACCCGGGUUAUGGUUCGAAAGGAACAGGCAAUAACUGUGUUGCGGUCGCCUAUCAUGACAAUAAACUAAAACCUUUCGAUUACAUCUGUGCAACAAGCUAUCGUUACAUCUGUGAGAGCAAUUUCUGUUUCUAAGAAAAGCAACUUGAUGAUACUGAAAAAGUAAAGACCCAUUUUCUUUAAUAAAUUGUCACUCUGCGUUA